UGCUACCAUCAUAUGAAAUAGAUAGUUCUAACUAACAGAGCAAAGGCUUUCAUAAUGUCUAUUUUAAUUGCACAUCUAGAGGAUAAAGCACUCCUGUUGUAUCCACUAACUAACUCCUGAGCCAUCAAUAUAUUAUCCAUGAUGCUCCUUCCCCUAACAAAAGCUGAUUGAUUAGUGCUAAUGAUCAGGGGCAUAACCUCACUAAUCCUCCUAGCAAGAAUCUUUGCCAUUAUCUUGUAUAAUAGGUUUACACAUGAGAUAGGCCUAAAAUUCUUCAGGGUGUCAGCAUUCAGAACCUUAGGAACUAAGGAAACAGCAGUAGCAUUGAUUCCACUGGAGAAUAUGAUGCUAGAGAGAUCUCCUGGAUGCGGGGUAAAAGUUGAACCAAACAUUCACUCUAGGCACAAAAAGUUGAAGAAAGAUUGCCACGCUGUACAGUUGCUGCGUAAUCAGAGUGGUUGUGGGUGGAACAAUGUAACAAAGACUCCAACACUGGAUGACGAUGUCUUUGAAGCAUUGAUUAAGGUUCACCCAAACUGCAAGAAUCUUAAUAGGAAGUCCUUCCCAUUCUAUGAUGAAUUGCUAAAGGUGUUUGGAAAAGUUGGCCCUGCAGAUGGAAGAAAGGUUGCUGGUAUUACUGAUGUGGUUGACUCCCCGAUCGUAGAUGGACCUUUUUUCGUGGACGUGGAUGACAUUCAGACACCAAUUGAUGUUGAAGGCCCAGGGAUUGAGAGCUUUAUGGAAGAUUUGAUCAAUGAAGGGAUUGAGAUCUCCCAGAGAGCAGCUGUGACCCCACCAGCUCAACCGACACAAGGGGCGAGCAACUCUGAAAUGAAGAAGAAGGCUAUAAAGAAGGACAACAAGACUGACAAUGCAAUUGUUGUUGUGGCUGAGGAACUGGGAGAUUAAAGUCUGUAAUAUCGAAGGCACUUGAUGCUCUUGGAUCAAUUUUAGGUGAUCGUGAGGAAGAAGAUGGUAGGGAGGCUGCAUUGAUGACAGAAAUAGGAAAAAUUCAAGGACUGGAACGCUGCCAAGUCAUUGUUGCUGCAAUGACCUUAGUUGAGAAUGAUCGGAAGACAAGACUCGUCUAUACUCUCGACAAUGAGGAGGACAAGAAGUAUUUCAUUCAGAACUUGUUACAUUGACUGCUAAGAUUCUAGCAAGGGACAAUGUUAGGUUGUAUGUAUGUAUGUAGGGGGAUUGAUUUUGGGAUAUGAAACUUGCGUGUACGGAACACAUAUAGUACGAAUAGGAAACUUGUGUGUUUUUGGGGAAACUAGGAGGUGGAAGAUUAGUGAUUUUGAGAGUUUCCAAUCCAUUCCAACGUGUUUCUAAUCCUUUAAAGAAUGCAAUGCAAACUGGCUGUGUAUGCCUGCCUCAAGUAGGCUGUAAGUAUAUUUUCCAUAUGUGUUUUUAGGUUGUAUUGUACCUGUUGGUUGUUGUAUACUUGGUUGAACAUGUGUUAGUUUUUAAACUUUGUUGAUGGAAAACAAAACUGCAGGUUUAACAUGGAUGCAGGCGGUAUGUGUGCUUACUGAAACAAGCAUUUACGAUUGAAACAAGCAUCUGCUGCAAGUUGAACAUGGAUUGCAGGUUAAACAUGGAUUGCCACGACCACUUAGAUUAUAUAUAACAUUCUAAUAAUGAUAAUAACAGAAGGUUGCCAUGACCACUGUGUACAGUAUGAAAAGAUGAGAUGAAGUGAGGACUGGGACGAGGCUAAAUAAAUGGAUGGGAGCCAGUUUUGUUUCUAACAAUAAUAGUAAUAUAAAAAUUAAAUAAAGGGUAGGAAGGCAAUGAGGUAAAUGCAUAACACAUCCACAAAUAUACUUCAACAAAAUCUAUCAUGAAAUCCAACAAACAAACAAUGGUCUUAUUCAAAACCCAAAUGAACCAAUUCCAUCAUAAAUCCAUGGUUUUAUAAAACCCAGACUUUAACCUAAACCUUCAUAUUUUAAAUCCACGAAGCAAACCAACCCUUAAGUUACAUUUUGCUAUCUGAUAUCUCAUGUUCUUUUACUGUGAAUCUAUGAAAACAUGCAACGAACAUGACCAGGAAAGGUGGGAUGCAACCCAGUCCAAAAGUUGUCACCCGAAGUAAACGAGGAUUUUUGUUCACGAAGUUGAGAUAAUUUUAGUUUACACUCUAAGGGCAUCCAAGCCACCUUUCACCACCUCCUGCUUCCUUUGAACGCAACACUUGGAGUGUAAUGCUGCUGCUGAUAUGUUGUCCUUCCUCUUACGACCAAAUUGUUCAACCAAGGGUUGGCACUCUUCUGUUAGUUCAACAAACAAACCCACAACAUAAAUGAGUUGGGAUACAAAUUAUUACAAAAAGAAAUCGAGAGAACAACAGGGCACGCAUCAUAACAUGCAUGGCUAGCUUCACUCAGGGGGUUAAGUUUAGCAUGAGAGUUUCCAAACAAAACAAAAUUCUAAAGCAAUUAGAAACAAGACUAUAGACGUAAUGGCAGAAAACAAACAGAGGCUUAGAGAAAAGGUAAACUCCAAGUAAUUACCAAUGGUUGAGGAAAGUGUUGUUGUACUGCUGUUCUGAACCCAGCAAUCGUAGCUUCCAUCAUACAUACCUCGCAAGUCCUCAUACCUUGGAAUAGGAGUGGGCCAGCAAGAGACUCUAGGCUGCAAUGCCCUCCAACCAGGUUCAUAGCACUUUAGUUCUACUGCGGAGAAGAACUCUGGCUCUCCUGUCCCUGUCCUCAAAUUGCAGGAGAAGACACACUCAUUCAAGUAUUUAAAGAAGACAAUUUCUGGCUUCUCCGGAUGCAAAUCAAGCACACGACACUUUUCGAGUUCGAAGUCACCCCAUAAUAAUGAAGACGAAGUGGUCGU